AUGGCUAUCACUACCGUGUCAAAGAAGGACGAUACUCUCCAUCUAGAAGAAGCUCGGAAUGACUUCUCAGAUAUUGAUGCCAUCAAAGCGGACAGAGAUCGAUACGUGGUAGCAGACGAUGAAGCUAGAAAUUAUGUCAAUCCCGACCUCAUUAUCUCGGACGAAGAAAGUAAAAGGAUGAGAAGACGUAUUCACAAAAGGGUUCUCCCUCUUAUGUGUUUGGCUUAUAUUACUCAGGCUAUGGACAAGGGUACUCUUGGACCAGCCUCAAUUAUGGGUUGGCAAAAAGACGUAGGCGCAGUAGGCAACCAAUACGCGCUGACUUCGACAUUACUAUGGUGCGGUAUCAUCGUUGGUGAACCAAUCGCAAACCAACUUGUCCGACGAUUCCCUCUGGGUAAACUGUUAGGGUCUGCAAUGAUUGUCUGGUCCGGACUACUCAUGGGUCUUACCUUUUCGUUAUCGAUUCCGCCCGUAUUCGCUAUUCGAUUCUUGCUUGGAUUCUUCGAAAGUCUGUUCGGUCCAGUUCUCCUUUCGAUCACUGUCCAGUGGUACUUGAAGGAGGAACAACCUUUCGUCAGUUCAGUUUGGCAAAGUAUGCUGGGAGCGAGUCAAGCUAUUAUGUCCCUGUUUGGAUACGCAUUCUACCAUCUUUCGAAGAGCGCCGGAUUGCAUGGAUGGCAGUGGAUGACUUUGACUGUAUCCCUCUUUUCAUUCUGUUCAGCUGUGACUACAUUCCUUUUCCUACCUGAUUCUCCAACCAGAGCACGAUGGUUAACCGAAGAUGAAAAAUCAAAAUACGUCGAGAGGAUCAGAUCUAAUAAUCAAGGUAUUAAACAUCUGGAAUUCAAGCAUUCUCAAAUCUGGGAAGCCAUUGGUGAUCCUUACACAUACCUUUUAUUCUUAUUGGCACUAUUCAAUACUCUUGUUGUAGGAGGGAUAAAUACCUUCAACGCAAUUCUCAUUAAUCAAGCUUUCGGGUUUAGUGUUUUGGACAGUCAACUGCUUUCCAUCCCAUUGGGAGCAAUGGUAGUCGUCACUUACUUCUUACAAGCCUAUUUGGUUACGAAAACCCGUCAAACCCUUCUGGUAAUGAUGGCAACCGUCGUACCCAACAUUAUAGGCACGAUUAUGCUCAUAUGUAUCGCACCCGGACCGAAGACUAGAGGUGUCCUGAUUUUCGGAUUCUACUUGAUGCAGUUUUUCCAAUCUACGAACCCUUCCAUCUUUUUGAUGUUAUCUAGGAACUCCGCUGGUCAAACAAAGAAGUCAUUUACCUAUGCGGUAACCUACAUCGGUUGGGCUGGAGGUAAUGCCAUCGCCAGUCAGAUUUUCCAAGCAAAAUGGGCACCCAGAUACAAACCCUCCCUGUAUAUCCAUUUGGGGUUAUACGGAGGAUUUAUAAUUACUUGUAUCGUAACUCGGCUCUUGCUAGUCAGAAGAAAUAAGAAGAAAAUCGCUGCUCAGACAACGGCAGAUGGAACAGUCAUCAACCUCAAUGAGAGAGCUUUUGAGGAUCUCACCGAUAUCGAAAACCCCGAUUUUAGAUAUUCUAUCUAA